AUGGCACAGCAGCAAGAACAGAAAGAUAUUUGGUCGGCCGACCUUUACGGCGAAAAGGUGGCCCCAUUCGUUGCAACUUCAACUGACAAGAUUCUCACCUGGCUGGAUCCUAAGCCAACUGAUGAAAUCCUUGAUAUCGGCUCCGGUGAAGGCCCCUUGACAGCCCGUAUAGCCCCUUAUGUCAAACGGAUCGUGGGAAUCGACGGCUCAGCCAACAUGAUUGAGCACUUCAAAAGGGUAUAUCCACACAUUGAGUCCCGUGUUGUCGAUUGCCGACUACUUGAUCAAGAGGCCGACCUCAUAACCGGGAAUUUCGACAAGGUCUUUUCGAACGCUGCUUUACAUUGGAUUCUGAGAGACCCUGAAACUAGGUCUAAUACAAUCAAAGGCUGUUUCGAGGCACUUAAGUCGGGUGGUCUUCUGGUUAGUGAGUCCGGUGCGCUAGGAAAUGUGGCCGAGGUACAUUCCGCAAUAAUCAGCGGUCUUGUUACUCAAGGCAUUCCCGUUGAGAAGGCACGAGAAGCAUCACCUUGGUGGUUCCCAUCGCAGCAGGCUAUGAAGGAGCUUGUAGAAGGAGCGGGUUUUAACUGGAUCAAGGGCGAGGUCCAACUCAGACAGACAACAUUAACAGAGAAUGAGAAGGGUGGUGUUGAAGGAUGGAUUCGUCUGUUUGGUGAGCCCUUUCUUGAACUCCUCCCGACAGCCGAAGCACGAGAUGCAGCCGUCAAACACGCCGUUGACGUUCUUGAGGCUGUUGGAAGACAGCAGCAUGAUGGUUCUUUUACUGUCAAUUACAUUCGUCUUCGCUUCGUUGCUCAAAAGCCAUAG